AUAAGAAAGAGAAAAGAAAAGAUUAAAAAAGAAUGAAAUUUAUAUUUGUAUUUCGUAAAUGUAUUGGUUAUAAAAGAGAACUAUGGAUUUUUAAAUUGAUAAGACCUAAUUGAAUUGAAUUCCAUGUACUCCCGGGGCGUUUCCUGUAAUUAACGGUCGCGGGAAAUCGGGACACAGUGCCGAUAUAACCGUAACGAGGUUCCACCAAUACCUGACCGAAAUGAAGGUGUGAUAAUGCAUGUACAUCAUAUAUAUAUAGAGGGUCCGCGCUGUGUGCUAUAUAUCUAUAUACAUGUACUCCUUGGAAAUUUAGUGGAAGUAUCAUCAUCCUAUUCACAACUGCAUUUUACCAAAAAUCACGAAGAUGGCUCUCAGCGAAUCAGAGAAAAUCGUUACAAAAGUUGAGGAAAAUGAGGACAGCGGCGUUUUUGACGUAAAUUCGCCCUCUGAUCUUACAAUGUCAUCAACCUCAUCGAGAUCUCGAUCCCGAAUUCCCGACGAGGUUCGCAUGCGCAUUAACAACCGAGAAAGGCAGAGGAUGCACGAACUGAACGACGCUCUGGAAGCCUUAAGGAGGGUGCUACCCCACUCCACUGGGUCGGCCAUGAAGAAGCUGUCUAAACUCUCUACCCUGAUAUAUGCACGGGAUCACAUUCUCUCCUUAACACGCUCAAUCGAGGACAUGAAAUCCGUAGUGCAGUCCCUGUCAAGGAAAGACCCGCGUGGCGAGUCCCUUGGUUAUGAAGAAUGGAGCGGAUCAAGACAUCGAAAUCAUUCUUGUGCCUUUGUACCCGGCGUCCCUAGAUACUCUCCGUAUACUUCAACGCCCAUCAAGUCCCACUUAGGGGAAUUCAGCCUUCCAACUCCGCCGCAAUCACACGACUCUCCAGUGCUUUUGAAACUGCAGGACAAUCCUACAAACAGAAAUAUCGAAAACAACAUCCGAGGAAAUGUGAAUGCUUCUAAAGACUUCUGGGGCUGUCCCCAGUUCAGGGCUGCACCUCCAGAUUCAACCCGAAGAGAUGCCCCCGAAUUCUUCACCCCGACCAAGUAUCAAAACUCAUCACCAGCGAGGCCAGUACUCAAGUUCUCUGUAGAGUCAUUGCUGGGUUUGUCGUCAAGUAAAGGAGCGAAGCAGACGACAGAUUCCAACACGGAGUGACAGCUGUUCCCAGUGUUGUUUUGUAAAUAGUGUUGUGAACUUUUAAAAAAGAUUUAGUUUUGUGUAUAAAAACCCAGUGCUUUCGUGAUAUUUGUCAAUAGUUGUGAAUAAAAAAAUAAUCAUUGUU